AAUCCCGAGGCCGAUGCCAUGUGGUUGUUUACUAAUGCUCCCAGCUUGGACUCGUUCCUCCUGGAAGUAUACCAUUACUAUGUCGAACAUGGCGUGUGGUCAAUCCUGUUGUCCAGAGCACUAGAGUCAUUGACACAACUAUUUGUGUUCAGCUUUGCCAUCUUCCUCACCACGUGCGUCGACUAUUCAUCAAUACCGGGCAGCAAAUCGUCAAAAGACGUUGUCAUCCCGAAAUGCAUGUCGAAGGCGUCGUGGUUCAAAAAUGCUUCACUCUUCUUCUUCGUACUCUAUUGGCUGUACAAGCAGAUUACGUAUGCACGCGACAUCCGAAGGCUAUUCAGAAUGCACGACUUCUACCUCCACGUUCUCGGUAUUAGCGACCAGGAUAUUCAGACCGUCUCUUGGAAGCGAGUUGUCGAUGGCCUCGUGAAAGUCCAGAACGCUCAUGUGUCCACUGCCACCAACAACCUCUCGGAGCAAGCACGGAAAUAUGUCGACUAUGGCAAACCGCAGCAGCGACUCAAUGCCGAGAGCAUUGCCAAUCGACUUAUGCGACAAGACAAUUACUACGUCGCCAUGUACAACAAAGACCUACUAGACUUUACCUUACCAAUUCCGUUCCUCGGUACCCGGCAAUUCUACUCGAAGAGUUUGGAAUGGUGCUUCAACACUGUCCUGACCAACUUCAUUUUCACUGAGACAGGCAACAUUCGAGCUUCCUGCCUGGAUGUUAAGAAUCGCAGUGCUCUUGUGGGCGCGCUCAGGGCUCGCUUGCGGGCGGCAGCUGUAUUCAGCAUUGCCUUGGCGCCUUUCAAUGUUGGCUACAAUUGCCUCAUCUACUUCUUCAAGUAUUACACAGAGUUCACGAGGAGUCCUGCUCGAGCAAGCACGAGAUCUUUCACGCCGUAUGCAGAGUGGAAGAUACGAGAGUUCAAUGAGCUGAGACAUCUAUUUGAGAGGAGGCUGCGGCAAGCUGGACCUUUUGCAUCGGAGUACCUCAAACAAUUCCCAAAAGACAAGAUGGAUCAGCUGUGCCGUUUUGUUGCCUUCGUAUCUGGUGCUGUAGCGGCUGUGCUCACACUUUGCACGCUAUUCGACCCGGAGCUGUUCCUUGGCUUUGAAAUCACCCCAGGGAGGACGGCUGUGUUCUAUCUCGGACUCAUGGCCACGAUCUGGGGUGUAGCGCACGGCAUGUUACCUGAAGAACAUGAUGUGCAUGAUCCAGUCCUUCACCUUAAAGAGGUGUUGCUGUACACGCACUACAUGCCUGCACACUGGAAGGAGCGCUUGCACAGCGACGAAGUGCGCGCCGAAUUUUCCUCCAUGUACAAGCUCAAAAUCAUGAUCUUCACUGAAGAGGUUCUGAGCUUGAUCGUCGCGCCCUGGAUCAUGUGGCGUAAUUCAGGCAGAAACUGCGAGCGCAUCAUCGAUUUCUUUCGCGAGCAGACUGUGCAUAUUGAGGGCAUCGGCUUCCAGUGCAAUUUUGCUUACUUCAAUUUCAAGAAGGAUCCAAAUGCAGAGGACCCAACCGCGCUGCUCCAGGAGCCCGACGGCCUACGCGACGACUACUACGGGCUGAAAGAUGACAAAAUGGCAGCAUCGUUGCAAAACUUCAUGCAGUACUAUAGUCAUCACAAUCAUCGACCUGGAGUUCGCCGACCACAGAGCUGGCAGCCACCGCCGACUUGGCCAGGA